AUCGAGGAAACCCGAACUCUUAUCCUAUCCAGGAUAAGCUCAUCAACUACCCAACUUCCACACAGUCUCUACACUCCACUCUCUCUCUCGCCGGUCGGGGAGAGAAGAAACCAAAGAAGCUAAUCAAAAACAAAAAUGGCAUCUUCAGCCUCACUAUCUUCCCCACUCCACUUCCACAACCCACACCCCAGAUUCUCCCCAAAACCCUCUACCGCCCUAAAACCCACCACCACCGCCACCAAGCCCCUCUUCGCCAUCCCGCCGCCCCUCACAGCGGUCGCCGACGUCGACAGCGCCACCAUCGCCGCUAUCGGUGGCGGCUCGGUAGCCGCACUCGCCGCCGCGCUCUCCUUAGCCGACCCAGAGCGGCGCCGUCGCCUCCAAGCCGAGGAGGUCGGCGGCGGCGACAAGGAGGUGGUGAAGGACUACUUCAACAAGUCCGGGUUCGAGCGGUGGAAGAAGAUAUAUGGCGAGACGGAUGACGUCAACAGGGUUCAGAGAGAUAUUAGGCUUGGGCACUCCAAGACCGUUGAAAAUGUGAUGAAGAUGCUGACCGAUGAAGGAAAGCUUGAAGGGGUUACUGUGUGUGACGCUGGGUGCGGGACGGGGUGUUUGGCGAUUCCGCUGGCGAAGGAAGGUGCUGUUGUCACUGCUGCUGAUAUUUCAGCUGCCAUGGUUGCUGAGGCUGAGAAGCAGGCAAGAGAGCAGCUUCAGUUGAGCAAUCGUGGGUUCUCAGGAGGGCCAGUAAUGCCAAAAUUUGAAGUGAAGGAUUUAGAGAGCCUGGAUGGGAAGUAUGACACAGUGGUCUGUCUAGAUGUUUUGAUUCAUUACCCACAGAGCAAGGCUGAUGCGAUGAUUGCUCAUCUUGCUUCAUUGGCCGAAAAUAGAUUACUUAUCAGUUUUGCACCAAAGACGUUGUAUUAUGAUUUGCUAAAGAGGAUAGGAGAGUUGUUCCCGGGGCCUUCGAAGGCAACAAGGGCAUAUCUACAUGCGGAGGCUGAUGUUGAGAGGGCUUUAAAGAAGGUUGGGUGGAGGAUAAGGAAGAGAGGACUAACCACUACACAAUUUUAUUUUUCGAGGCUAGUUGAGGCUGUUCCUGCUAAAUAAGGAAGAGAGGCCAUAUUUGAGUUCUGCCUUUGCUCUGAUUCCUAAAAAUGCUUAGGAUCUUCCUCUAACAGUUUGUAAAGCUCGUUUACAUGUACGUUCUCAUGAAUCUCAUCCUCUACGUGUAUGUAUGGCGUGUACUAUUUAUACAAGAUGUUGAUGUAUCAAACUUUUGAUGUUAAUGACAAUUUUGUGUUCUUUAUAUGACA